AUGUGUUAUCACAAACUGUACAUCUUCACGACAUGUGGACAUUCGUGUAUGAGCAAGCAGCCAUUGAUCAUGUGCAGACAUGCAUCAAUCUCGCCAGUUUCGACGUAUUCAACAGGAUGCGAGCUAAAAACACACCCGUAUCAAUGCAACAAGAUCGAAAGCCUGUGCUGGACAUGCCAGCGUCGACGAAGCGAGCUUCUGGGGCAGCUGGAUCAACAGCAAGUGGUGCGAUACAACGAAUGGCAGUGGAAAGUCAGUUAUAGUGCACCGCAAGCAAUGCUGGCCGAAAAGGAUGCGAUUGAUAGAAAAGUCGAAAAGCAUGCGGAAAAGAUGGCUCUGAAAAAGGAAAAGAGCAAGUCGGGAAGGAUGUCUUGGAGGAAGAGUAAUAAGAAGUGA